GAGAGAGAGAGAGAUUUGGCGAAAAUGGUGAGACCGCAGUCGUCGUCGAAGAGAUCGGAGCGGCGGGAGGGGCGCUACAAGGGCGUCAGAAUGAGAAAAUGGGGGAAGUGGGUGGCGGAGGUCCGCCAGCCCAACAGCCGUGACCGGAUAUGGCUGGGCUCCUACGACACGGCGGAGGAGGCGGCUAGGGCAUACGACGCCGCCGUCGUCUGCUUGCGCGGAUCUUCUUCCGUGCUCAAUUUCCCUGAUGAUCCGCCGGAUGUAAUCUCGGCCGAUGGAUUCUCGCGGUCGCAGAUUCAGGUUGCGGCGUCCAAGCACGCCCGUAGAUCGGCGGCGCCGGCGGUGGCCGAUGUUGAGUUGAAGCAGUCGUUGGUGGGUAGUCUGCUGUUGGGGGAGAAGGCGGAUUUGGGGUCUUCUUCUUUUGGAGAAUUUCAUGGUGGUGGUGGGGGAUAUUUGGAAGCGGAGGAGAGAGGCAGAGGCGGAAGCGCCGGUGCUGGAGGUGAUGACGUCAUCGGCGGCGGUGUGUUUUUUGAUACACCGCGUGUGUGGAAGUUUUGAAGACUUUCCGCUUUAUAUUUAGGGUUUUUUUUUUUUUUUUUCUCGUUAAUUUAUUUUUUGCCCCUUUGUUUUUUUGUAGUUAGC